AUGAUGAUGCUUUUUAGGAAAACCAAGAUAUAAGUCGAAAUUGAAGAAGGCUUUUUUGAUAAUUUUGAAUUGCCUUAAGAAUAGGAUCAAGAGCUACAAACUCGCUAAAAAAAGAUAGCUUCAAGGCAGGUUAGACAAGCAACAAAGAGUGAUAGAUCUGAAACUGAGGCUAAAUAGGAAUAACCAAUCUCAGCCAUGUUUGAUCCCAGAAAUAUAACAAGAUUGAUAACUACACCUAGAUUAAAAUAAGAGGAGAGAAUAUAGACUCCUGAUUAUAUGAAUCAACAGAAAUAGAACUUGCAAGAGAUAUCAAAGGAGUAGAUAAGCAUCUUGAAUGAGGUCUAUCAAUCUACUUAAAAUGUUAUUGGUGAAUACUUGAUUUCUGAUCCAGAUAAGGAGAGAUUGAGAUCCAACAUGAGAAAGAUUAAUUUAUAUGAAGACACAAACUGUAAAUAAGCUUAGGAAUUUAUGAUCAAGUGCUUGGAGGGAAAAAGCGACAAUAACUGUGAGAAGGAAUAGAUGUUUUAUCUUUACUGUAUGAAUGAUAACCGAAUGACUAAGUGA